UGAAAUAAAUAUCAAACUAAACUCGAAGUUUCCAACAACAAAAAAAAUGAGUAGGAGCCUUGGGUUUCAACAGCAACUCUAUGCUGGUGGUGGCAUGCGGAUAGAGGCUCAAGCUCAGGAGGGCUAUUCCUACCAAGAAGAGUCUUGGAGCUCUGAUAACGGCUACCACAAGCAAUUUCCAGGCAUGCACAUGAGCCAGCUUGGUGGUUUUGGCAUGGACUCUGAACUCUCUAUGUCAAAGAACCAGCGUGGCAAGUUAGGUGGCAUGAACAUGACCAAGCUUGGUGGUUUUGGCAUGGACUCUGAACUCUCUAUGUCAAAGAACCAGCGUGGCAAGUUAGGUGGCAUGAACAUGACCAAGCUUGGUGGUUUUGGCAUGGACUCUGAACUCUCUAUGUCAAAGAACCAGCGUGGCAAGUUAGGUGGCAUGAACAUGACCAAGCUUGGUGGUUUUGGCAUGGACUCUGACCUCUCCAUGUCAAAACAGCAUGGCAAAUUAGCAGGCAUGCAGAUGAACAGGUUUGAUGGUUUUGAUAUGGACUCUGACCUCUCCAUGUCAAAACAGCGUGGCAAAUUAGCAGGCAUGCAGACGAACAGGUUUGGUGGUUUUGAUAUGGACUCUGACCUCGCCAUGUCAAAACAUGAAAAGUUAGGAAGCAUGACAGGAUCGAUGCUAGGGCAUGGGGGUUUUGGCAUGGACUCUGAGCUCUCCAGGUCAAAGCAUCAUGGAAAGUUAGGAAACAAGCACAUGAACAAAUAUGGUUCUGUUAUGGACUCUGAUAACUCCAUGUCAAAACAGCAUGGCAGGUUUGGAGGAAGGCACGGCAUGUCUGAAGAAGACAUGCACAAUGACCAUGGUUAUGUUAAUGUUCGUAGGGGUGGCAGAAAGUCCCCUUUUGGUGGUAAUAACGGCUCCUAUCAUGCUUUAAAUGGUGGUGGUGGUCGUAAGUUCGGUUCUGGUGGACACAAUGAGUAUUUCUCAGAGGAAAGUGAGUAUGAGGAGGCUUAUGCAGAGGAGCAUGUUAGUGCUGCCGCGAGUAAGGUGGAAGAAAUGAGAUAUCAGCAUCAAACCUGGGGUGGGGAUACUUGCUACAUGAGUCCCUAUGACAGAAACAUGAGGUGGUGAGCAAUAAAGGGGGUCUAAUAUACUAUAUACAAUCUACUUCCUUAGCGUUUGCUUCAUGCAUAAUCAAUAUAACAGAAAUAAAAUGUGUGUUUUGGUGUUCCUUAUGGGAAUAUGAUUCCUCCCAUUGUACUUGGACCUUUGUGCUGCUUGAUGUUACUUGUAAUGUCUACCUUAACUUAAUUAUGAAGUUGUAAUAUGUAUAGUUGUCUUUGAUUGUGAUGACUAAGAUCAUUUGCUUCGUUCAAUA